AAGAAAAUUGAUAAGGAUACUCUCAACUUGACAGAAGUGCCGUAUCCUUCAGAUCAUCUUAAGUUCUCAACUAAAAGUCAAAUGGUCCGUUUGAGUGAUGGAAGAAUUUGGAUAUAUUAUUAUUCAAAACCAUAUUCAGUUCUGUUCGAUGGAGAUACUUUUCUUCCAUUCAUGGAACCCAUAUGGACCAAUAAUGGCUACUCAUUGAUGAAACCAACCAUGGCGAGAGUUUUUGAGGAUAACAUUGUCGCCGUUGGUGGAGUCCUUUUCCACUUUGAGAGCAACAGUCCUUCAAUGAGCAGGGCAACGAAAGUUUUUAUUCUCGACAUGAAAAAAAACGAGUCUAGAGCAGUGGAGGACAUUCCAGGCGAUUUUUUACUUUUCCCAAGUAUUUGGCCUGUGGUCGUAGACGGACAACGCAAGGUGUUCAUUGCAAAAGGAACGAAUCGAAGACGCCAACCAAACCGAAAACUAUAUAUCCUGGACUGGAAAACGGAAAAGUUUAGCGUCCUCGACAAUAGCGCUCCUUACUUCCCCACACCAGAUGGUGGUUACCAAUUCAAGGGAAUGUCAAUGCUUGGACAGGAGCCUUAUUACUUGCAAGGGAAUGCUUCUGGUGUUGGAAUCUACAACUUGCAAGAUCUUGCUGAUGGACAAAGUGGAGAUACGAAAACCAUUUACAUACCAGGGGCGACAAACGUCCAUGAUCUUCAGUUGGCAGAUGUUGACGACUGGUUGGAAGAUUAGAAAUGUGUUACUUCAACAUCUCAAAAUAAAGAGAGAUAUCAAAAAG